ACAAGGAUGAAUGUCAUGAAUGUUAUUCUAAACCAUUCCAAACCUGCUUAAGGAUAUAUAAUAAAGUGUAAUUAUGAAUGAACGUAAACAAAUAGUAUAUACAAACAUACCUACAUAUAUUAUAUCAAUAUUGUCGGCGAUACUUUUCGUUAGUUUAUCGUGGAAUUGUAGCGUAUUCUAAAGUGACAAUAAUUAAUUUUCGUCGCAAUUGACCAGGUAUUGAAGGUUAUCGUUACAUGAUAUCAUUGUAAAACUUUUCAAGUUUUAUUGUACCGCAAAGAUUUUAAAUAAAGUAUGCGAUUUAUGAACUAAUAAAAUUCAUAAUAUAACAUAGACGGGAAAUUAUGUAGAUAAAAUGGUUGCAAGUACAGCAGCUAAUAUGAUUGGAUCCAUAUAUCAUGAGAGACAAGUAAAAGAGCUUUGCGCAUUACAUGCAUUAAAUAAUUUAUUUCAAGAAAGAGGAUUUAGUAAACAAGAAUUAGAUCAAAUUUGUUAUAGCUUAAGUCCAGAUGUAUGGAUUAAUCCUCAUAAAUCAUUGUUAGGGUUUGGUAAUUAUGAUAUUAAUGUUAUUAUGGCAGCUUUACAACGAAAAGGACUUGAAGCAGUCUGGUUUGACAAACGCAGAGACCCUAAGUGUCUGUGCUUAGAUAAUAUUGAAGGCUUUAUAUUAAAUGUACCGUCAGAAUAUAAAUUAGGAUUUGUAUUACUUCCUUUAAAAAGACGUCACUGGAUUGCCCUGAAAAAAAUUCAUGGUGCCUUUUAUAACCUUGAUUCGAAGCUUGAUUCUCCACAACUUAUAGGAAAGGAGCAUGAUUUACUUGUAUAUUUGAAGGACCAGAUAGACAGCAAGGAGAAAGAAUUAUUUCUUGUUGUGUCAAAAGAAAUAGAUAGCAAUCAAGGAUGGUUAAUAAAUACAUAUGCAAAUAAAGAAGAAAUCGGUACAAACCAUGAGUUGGUUACAUAUAUUGAAGAUAGUUAUGGAGACAUAGACUUAAAAAAAGAAGAGUCUAAAGAGAUGAAUGAAAACGAAGAAUCUGUAGAUAACAAAAAUUCUAGGUAAUUGAAGUUCUUUCAGUUUUUUGAGUUAUUUUCUCAAUGCUUCAGGCCAAAAUAAAUUUAGAACGGAUGUGGCAAUAAAACAUCCAUGAGAAUGUUCUAAAUCCAGGAGAUUGAAUAGCAAAGAAUAUAAAAAAUUGAAGAUUAUGAAUAUUGCAUAUAAACUUUUGUGCACAAAGAAAAAUAAAAUGCAAUCAUUUCUACUCAGUUUAUAUUAAUAUAUCGUGCAAUGUUCUUACUUGUUUAAAA